AUGGCGAGGUUUAUCGUCGAUGUGGCCACCAGGCAGCAGCAGCAGCUUCCGGAUACAUUAGAUGCUCCGUAUGCAGCAACGGCAAGGCGUGCUCUCCGGCACCGCGUGACUCCAUCAGCGGCGGAGUCUGCGCACUCCGACAGUCCGGGAGUGUACCGGUAUUGGCCCCAUUUGCUGCUUUAUUCAGCUCCUCUCCCCGCGGGUGCAACAGCAGCACACGGCAGCAGGAAAGACCAACAAAGUGAGGUCCUUGCAGCAGCAGAAGAACAGCUGCUACAAAGGGGCAGGUGGGCUGGCCGUCCCCUCGCAGACACUCCGGCGGCAGCGCUGAAGCCCCUAAACAAAAACGCAUGCAAGGAUCUGAUUCACCUGCUCAUGCUGCAAGAGAUGAAAAAGCUGCAAAGGGCUAGAAGAUUCAGACUGCCACAAUUUGCGCCGGGAGACUUAGUGGAGGUGCAGUACGAGCUGAGUCGCUCCCAGCAAACAGUAGGGACCUUCCAGGGCUACGUGCUUAGCGUGCGGCAGCGAUCGUUGAAUACUUCGUUUGUGCUCCGCAACGCCGUUCAGGGUGUAUCUGUGGAGCAGCGGAUUCCCCUCUUCUCCCCCAGGCUACUGUCGCUCAAGGUGCUUCGGAGUGCAUCUUCGAGCUCUCAGUCGUUUGUGGCUGACCCCCCGCCGCCUCCCACGCUCGACUAUCGUUACAAAUGGAAAUAUCUGGUCAGAGGGAAAUAUGAGCGCAAGAGGGGAGUGCACAAACCGGGUGUACGGACAGUGGAACAUCGACUGCGUUCUCGAGUGUCUUCGCUGCUGCACCGCUACAUGCGCCAGCGGAUAUCAGCCAACCUGCCACCCUAUGUCUGGGGAGGCCCGUACCCGAGGCUGAGGGAGAAGAGAACAAAGGAGAUCCGCGGAGAGCUUUACAGAAGGAUGCUCGUUUACUCAUUUGACGAGCAGAGACGGAGACAGGAACGCCUGCGGAAACGUCGGGAGAAUCAGAAGUUCGGUGUCUUCAAGGUGAGACGCACUGCUGCUGCUGCCAGUUUUGUGGGGUGCCUUGCACCUUUUCGGCAGUUCCUCCUCUUGCAUAUAAGCUUCUCUGUCAAAGCUGGUGUUCAUUGGAUUACUGCAUGA